AUGUGGUCUUCCACUACAAUGCCGGCAUUAGCAAUCGUGCUGUCAGCACUUUCUUUCAUCCCCAGCACGUUAGCCACAGUCCCUCUUGAAGGCUAUGGUAGGGACGACUACCCAGUAGAUUGUGCCCAGGCAUGCUCAUACGCCAUGCCCUACAACCUCGACUGUCCUGAGUACGCAGGUAUGACAGCGGAGGAGAAAGCAGCUGCAUACCCAUCAGCGGCAUGCUUCGCCAACGAUACCUCUUACUUGACCUCGAUCGCAUACUGCAUCCACAGUUAUUGCCCCAAGACUGUCAAGAUCUACAAGAUUGAGUACUUCUGGGAAGUCAAGAUGAUUUACGACUCUGAAGCCUUGACGAUUCGAUGGUCUUACCCUGAAGCCUUGGCUCAGGUCAACACCACAACUCCACCGAAGCCAAUGUCUCCAGACGAGACGGUGUUGAACCGUACCAUCUCUAUCGAUGCCACUACAUAUCAGAGCUAUAUGAACGGUGUAAAAGGAUACAAGGCCGUAGCCAAGAACGAGUCCAUGUACUCGAUCCUGGCCUUCAUGACUUGUGUCAUGGUCCCCAUCGGCUUCUCCCUGCUUCGUUUUGUCCCCCUCCCAAGCUCAUGGAGAAGCAAGUUUUACGGCUAUUUUAUAGACCCACCGGCUUGGGGUAGGCAGCACAGCGUAGCUACACUGGGGAUUGGUAUGGUCCCUACCCGAGGUCAAGCUCUUUUUAUCCUCUACCUCAUUGGCAUCAACUGCCUGGCAACGUUUGCAGGAUACCCCAACUACGCUCCCAACGGCAUCUUCCCAGACCGCCACUAUGAGCUAAUGCGUCAUAUUGGCAACCGUGCUGGUUCCGUUGCAUUCGCCAAUAUCCCCGUUGUUAUCCUCUAUGCUGGUCGUAGCAGUGUGCUACUCCGUCUAACUAACUGGUCUUACUCAACCUUCCUUCUCCUCCACAGAUGGACUGCCACCAUCUGCGUAGUGCAAGUAGCCCUCCAUUCGCUUCUUUGGCUUCGAAUCAUGAUCGAGGGAGACUCGUAUCCUUUGGUCCUUACAUACCCGUACUGGUAUGUCGGUAUUGUUGGAACUGUCGCCUUCUCCGCCUUGAUACCUUUCUCGAUGCUUCCAAUCCGAAAGAUUAUGUAUGAGGUCUUCCUCAUUACGCACAUAGUCUUGACGAUCGGCGCUCUGGUAGGUUCUUGGUAUCACAUUGUUUUCCUUUACGAAGACAAGGGCGGCUUUGAGAUCUGGCUCAUUAUCGCUUUUGCUUUUUGGGGCCUUGAGAGACUGCUCAGGAUUCUGCGUGUCUCCAGAUAUGGUAUCAAGAAAGCGUACGUCACUCGCAUCGAUGACAAGUAUCUGCGAAUUGACAUCCCUGAUGUUGAUGCUCAUGGUCACUGCUUCGCUUACUUCCCUACUCUGUCCUGGCGCGUAUGGGAGAAUCAUCCUUUCUCAAUCGUCAACUGCAGCAAAGGCCAGCUUGAUGGAGAGUCCCUGACCCCAAGCUCCGCUUCGCACACACAGUCUGAGAAUGAAGGCGCAAUUUCACCAACUGAAGCCUCAGCCUCUAAAGAGAUGGGAGGCGCCAUGUCCAACAUCCGCCAACUCCGAGUUCAGUGUAACGCUACCAAGCCCGGCAUCACUCUGUUCGUCCAGAACCUUCGUGGUAUGACCGCCAAGCUCGCAAAGAAAGCCGACACAGGCAUCGCUAUCCCGGUCCUCAUCGAGUCCUCUUAUGGCCACGAAGACAUCAGCCGCUUCGAGCCCAACACCGAAUACCCGAACACCCUCGUCAUCUCUGGUGGUGUCGGCAUUGCUGGCGUCCUUUCAUCUCUCCAAGCCUCCCUGUCAAUGUACGCUAAGCCCCUGGGAACCACUAAGCUGUACUGGGGAAUCAAAAGUAAGGGCCUUGUCGAUGUUGUCAAGAGUAUGAUUGUAGGUUAUCAUGCCGCUGGAGCAAAAGAAGGUGGUGAAUCCUCCAACUGGGGCCAUAUCGAGACCCAUGUCUCGGUUGGCGAGCGCAUGGACAUCAAGAGAGUUUUGACGACGGAAUUGGAGAACGCUAUUGGUGGAACCACAGUGGUUGUCUGUGGGCCACAUGCCAUGUGUGAUGAAGCUCGAUACAUCCAAAAUUCGGAGGAGCUUGCCGAUAUAAAUGAAGACCAUGCUCGCAAAGAUAUUGACGAUGCUAUUGCCAUGGGCCUCGACGGGUUUAUUCCCAACAUUGGAUAUCCUAAACUCGACUGGGUUCCAAAAACCCUGAGCCAACUGUAUGACUAUGCCGACGACCUCGUCAGCAAAGGGAGAAGGUUCGGGCUGGCCCUUUCUUCUGACCUAUAUGCAACUGGCGCUUGGUACUACGACAAGAAGCUCGAUAAUGACUUUGGAGGUCCAAAGGAGUAUGAGGCAAUACUAAAGAGUUUUCUUGGCCGUAACUCUUACCUCCGUUACGGACCCAAGAACUUCCCCUUUAUCAUCAGCUUUAGCACAGGUAGACAGACCGAUAAGGACUUCAUUGAAUGGAAGGAAUCUUUUGCCAACGAACUGUAUUUCGUCCCUGGCAUUGAUGACACUCUCGGAUUCUGGAAAAAUCAUCCUGCCUGGUGGCAGUAUUGGGGGGACAUCAUCGACGGAGCCAGUGUAUAG